UGGGGGCAGAGAGAGAGAGAGAGGAGGGGGGGAGUCAGUCAGAUAUGAUGGUCUGGGCUGAGUGUCGAAAGUGCGCGCUGUGUGCGAGGCGGAGCGCGAGGCCGUGCGGACCGGGCGGGCGAUGGCGGAAGAUGGGCGCCGCCUCCAGUGAGCAGUGCAUCUAUGACAGACUGGCCGACAGUGUGGAGGUGCUCCGCCGGUCCGGGGAGAGGUAUGGCAUGUCCCAGGGCGACAUCGAGAACUUCAUCGUCCACAUCCUGGAGACCAACGAGCCGCAGCGGGAGGCGCCGCGGCACCCCAGGCUCCUGACGGCGGCCAAGAUUGUGGUUGCACUGGGGCUUCUCCUGUUGACUGCCUACUCCUUCAUCAGCCCAUACGGUAGAUCGCAUUACCAGCACGCGGUAGCAGAAACCCAAAACUGGCGAUGUCCAAUCAUUGGCCAUAUCCGUCUCUUUUGCCUCCCAAUUGCCAAAAAGUACAAUCUAGAAGGGUUUCAUGAAUGGGGAUGUUUUGGUUGCAAGCGAACAUACUCCCAGCUGCUAACCAACUGCACGGAAUGCGCUGCCUUGACCACUAUCGGACGAGUGAGCGACUUAACGCAUAUCUCCAAGUAUAACCACCGAAUCGUACAACCAGUUGUAAUUGAGAGUGGAUCAACGGUGUCACUAUCAUAUGAAGAUCUGAAACGCUUACAUUCCAAAUACAAGGAGUUCAUGGAUGUAUACGGUGCAGUUGACAGUGAAGCAACUGAAAACUCAUACGUCUUUCCAGAAGAGGAAUCCAACCUAAUUGUUCACUGGAAAACCCAGCACCUAAAUGGGAUGCAUGUCUUACGAGCACUUUUUCCAAACUCUAGCUUGUUGCCUUUUGAAAAUAAAGUCUCACUGAAGAAGUGCUUAAUAACACCAACCCGCGGUUCUGCUGUUCAGCUCUUGGCUCACCAACUUCAGGUUGGACACAGUUGGCUCUCUGUGGGUGGAGGUAACCUCAAUCUUCAUAUUGAUGCUUCUGAGCAAUGUGCUGAGAAGUGUGGCCCCUUUUCCGUUCAGCUGGGAGAAGGUGACAUUGUUUAUGCGAAUUCGAAGUAUUGGAGGAUGACCAUUUCACCAGCUGGGGAGCAAACAGUCAUUGUAUGCAUUGGAUCUGUCUGACUGAAGAUGCCCUUGAUGAUACCAAAUGACUGCAUCACAUGUACAGGUGUUAGCUAUGCAUCUUUUGAAAAUCCAUGUUAUUUGCAUCCGCAUUUGGGGCCAGACACCUAUUCUAAAUUGACCGAUUCUGUAUUGACGCAGUAUCCUUUUGAACAUUCUGCUUAAGUUGCACUUCACAACUGCCCAAAUGAAACUGACACCAUUGCCUAUUUCAUAACCUCAAUAUAGGUUCCUGCACCAGUUCUUGGGUUUGUUAUUUUCUGUUACUUUCUCUUUGUUUACAGAUGAUGCAGAAAAACCUGGUUGCUAUGAUGUCCUUAUAUUGAGGCUAGUGAGAAGUCUAGGUUUUUUUUUAUUCGACCAUAUUGGCACCAUUAUAGACACAUGAUCUGGGCUAAAUUAUCUUUAACGUUUUCAGGAAGAAAUGACUACUACUUGUCAUUUAAUUUAGAUGACAAACUGAAGAAAAUAUAGUAAUUUUAAAACAAUGAACAAAAGGGUAUUUGAGUUUUUUUUAUAUGUGCGGGGGGGAAUAGAUUGUAAAUAUGUUCUCCCCCUAAACAGGAGAUAAUGGUACAGCACUUGUUACUUUGCUUAAAGCACAGUCCGUGUAAUUAUGUUUAAAAUUAUGUUAUGUGACUUUUACUUGGAGUUCUCAUCUAUGGAACAUGGUGGUUUGAAAAACUUACUUUAAACAUGCAACCAUGUACAUAUUUUCCAAAUGGAACUUUGUAAAAUGUUACUUUGUGUACAUAUAAUAUAUUUGUAUAUCUGUAAAGGAAUCUUUGCAAUAUCUUGCCUUUGAUUUCAACAGGCAAAGACCUUAAAUCCAAAAGUAAUUGUUACAUAAUGUUUAAACAACUUAUGCAAAAUAAAAUAUAUGUGAGUUGCCAUAAUUUAUUCUAUUUUCCCUCUCUUCCCUUUGUUUCCCUUUUUAUCUCCUUUUAAAUUUUUGAAAAAUUCCUUUUACUACCCUAUACAUAUAAAUGUAUUAUGAGCUGGCUGAUAUUCCUUUUAUUCCUACAACAAUUCUACAUUAAAAACAAGUUUAUUAUUUA